AUUUUCUUGUUCUGCAGUUUCUCUCUCAUCUCUCUCUCUCUCUCUCUCAGUCUCUCUGUGCGUGGAGGAGCAAUGGCGUCGAGUCUGUUCAAAACACUAAUCCGAUCGUCAAAUUCACCAUCACCGGUCAGGAGCUUCAGCCUAAUCAGCAGCCAAAUCAGCGAACACACCGCCAAAUGGAUGCAGGAUACAAGUAAGAAGUCCCCAAUGGAAUUGAUCAAUGAAGUUCCGCCCAUCAAGGUUGAAGACAGGAUUGUUGCUUGUGAAGGAGACAGCAAUCCUGCACUUGGGCAUCCAAUUGAGUUCAUAUGCCUUGACCUGAAUGAGCCAGCUAUCUGCAAGUAUUGUGGUCUACGCUAUGUUCAGGAGCACCACCACUAGGAGUUUGAUGGUGAUUAUUCUGAACCACUACAAUCUGCAUUGUUGAAACCCCAGGGUAUAAUUAUGACAUGGCAAGGUUCAUGUUUGUUUAGCAUUUUGUUUUUUCUUGGACUGAAUCAUGCUGUAUUGAUAAGAUUUUCAUGUAUUCAAUAUUUAGCAAAAUAAAGAUUUGACAUGCCGCUUGAUUUUCCUCCCAA